GGCUGCCUCUCUCAUCUAAACCUCUGCUUAAAGGAUUAAAUGAGCAUGAAAUAGGCAGCAUAAAUCACAGUCUCGCUUCAAGACAAUGCUCAUGGGCGCCAGGGCGUAGUUUGUGGAGCGUCUUAACAAAGAUGUGGCUGCGAGAGAAGGGAAAUGUAUGCGAUCCGAAAUUAACCCUUUCCAUCUAGCAUCCACCAACAAAUGAGAAAAUGAUGCAUCAAGUGACCAGCAGCAACAGUGACUAUUGUAUGAGUGGACUGGCAGAGGACUGUCAUCCAGCCAGCCACUUUGAUUUAUGUAGCACACAAUCAAACAAAUUCUACGCCUCUCCAGCAACCACUGGCUUGCAGCUGUCCCUCGCCAGCCUAGCCCCUUUGCAACAGGGCGCGCACAAAGCCAUGGUAUGUCAAAUGCAAGACACCCAGAACGACUUCCAGCCUCAGACAGUGAGAAUCAGGGGCAGUGAGGCUGCAGGGUCUGAUGGCUCUAAGAAGAAGAAGGGCAUAGUGAAGUCAGGGCGGAGAGGAAGGCCGUCAGGGACCACAAAGUCAGCCGGUUACCGUACAAGUACUGGACGUCCACUUGGGACAACAAGAGCAGCGGGAUUCAAAACCAGCCCAGGGAGGCCUCUUGGUACCACCAAAGCAGCAGGAUACAAGGUCAGCCCCGGCAGGCCCCCCGGCAGCAUCAAGAGUCUAGCUCGGCUCAAGAAACUUGACUUUAGCAACUGCAGUAUUCCCAAGAAACUGGACUUCACAAGCUGUGAUGUUCCACCUUUUCCAUACGCCAUGAUGGAGAAAAGACCCCUCUGUGAGCCCAGUGGAAAAGUGGAUGAAACCAGUGAAAUGAAAACCAGUUCUACAGCUUUCUCUCCAGUGCUUGAAAAAAACAUUUGAAUGCAUGAACAAGAAGAUGCUAACAUUUUUCUCAAGUGUUGGAGGAAAGAACUUUUUGCCAUUUAGACAUGGCUCUGACUGAGUGUUUGUACAGUGUUCGACAUUGUCUUCAUCCUCUCAUAAUAAAUGACUGAAUUAGAAGUAUGUUAUUCCAGUUUGGCAGAGAUGCAUGCGUAUGGAUUAAUCACACCAGUCAGUGUAGGCAAAAAAUGUAUUUAUCAGUUUGUGGCUCAAACCUCACUAGAGUGAGUUUUUUCCCCCCAUCAAGGAUUUCGUUUCCUCUUGAGUUGUGACAUGUUUUGUUUCUCUGCUUUAAGAUUUCUAUGGCCAGGUUCUUGUGACAUUUUCUACAUUUAUAAAAACUGCAUUUUAGUACAAACAGCAAAUUAAAUCACCAAUUUCUUUAGCAUAAAUAUGUGGAUGUGGUUGUCCUUUCUGUGUUGUCCAAUAUGUGUUUUAUUUUGGUGAUAACCUGCAUCAUACCUAAAGCAGGAAAACUGAGAUACACUUUUAAAUAGCUUGAACUGGUAAAAGUCAAUGCAUAAUAUCCUUUUGAGCACAGUAUUUGUUAUUAUUCACUCUGUGAUUUUGAUUAUGUAUUGUAGAAGCCUGUUUUUGUCCUAAACACUCACUUGAUAAGCACUUUCAGAUUUACAUGUAUGUUGUUAUGCUGUUUAUUAGGAAAAUUACUUCAUAAAACAGAAAAAUGCUUUGUGCUAUGUGUAAUAAAUGCUAAUGUGCUGUAUGUGAAACAAAAAUAAAAAAAUAAAUUGUGUUUUCCACAAAACUA